CACAUGAAGUACAUGAAGACUACAAACAAUGUGACAGAGUUUGUUCUUCUGGGACUUACACAAAACCCAAAGAUGCAGAAAAUAGUAUUUGCUGUAUUUUUGCUCAUCUACAUUAUCUCUAUAGUAGGAAAUUUGCUCAUCUUGAUAACCAUCACUAGCAGCUCAUUGUUGGGAUCCCCCAUGUACUUUUUCCUGGCCUAUCUCUCCUUUAUUGAUGCCUGCUAUGCCUCUGUCAACAAUCCUAAACUGAUUAGAGAUGCACUCCAUGAAAAGAAGACCAUCCUUUUCAAAGGAUGCAUGGCACAAGUCUUUGGGGAACAUUUCUUUGGAGGUGUAGAGGUCAUUCUGCUGACAGUGAUGGCCUAUGACCGCUAUGUGGCUAUCUGCAAGCCCUUGCACUAUACAACCAUCAUGAACUGGAGAGUGUGUGCCCUGCUAGUGGGAGUGUCCUGGAUGGGAGGCUUUCUCCAUGCAAUCAUUCAGAUCCUCUUCAUCUUACCACUACCCUUCUGUGGCCCUAAUGUCAUUGAUCACUUUAUGUGUGAUCUGAACCCUUUGCUCAAUCUGGCCUGCACUGAUACCCACACUCUGGGGCUCUUUGUUGCUGCCAAUAGUGGAUUCAUCUGCCUGUUAAACUUCCUCCUCCUGCUGRUCUCCUAUGUGGUCAUCCUGCACUCCCUGAGGACCCACAGCCUGGAGGGUAGGCGCAAGGCCUUGUCCACCUGUGUCUCCCACAUCACAGUGGUUGUCCUCUUCUUUGUUCCCUGCAUAUUUGUGUACAUGAGACCUCCAGCUAAUUUACCCAUUGAUAAAGCAGUUGCUGUAUUCUAUACCAUGAUAACUCCCAUGUUAAAUCCUGUGAUCUACACUUUGAGAAAUGCUCAGAUGAAAGAUGCUAUGAGAAAAUUGUUUAGCAGGAAAUUGCUUGAUAAAUGA